AACCAGUCUACCAUUAAGAAAUGUGAGUACUCAGCAAAACACCAGUGUAUUCAAAUACACUGAGAGUGAUGUAUGCAGAAUAUUGGGGAGUGCAGAAGGAGAGGCGUCUUUUUUAUAUAUACCUUCCAUCACUGAUCUACAGUGUAGCUAUGAGGCUGAAACAAAGAAAUCUAUGACGUUGCAACUGCAUUAUACCACUCUAAGGGAAUAUUAUAAAGCUGCACGUGUCCCAAGAGGCAUGAGGGUGCAUCCAAAGGACUGUGCUUAUGCAAUGGACAUGGAAUAUAGAAAUCGCUUUGAGAGCAUAACCAACCAAUAUUGUCUGGAACUAGUGUUAUUACAACUAGAAUUUUUACAAAAGGAUCUUGAGAUAACUAAGAUUAAAGUCUCUGAGUUAGAAGCAUCACUAAAACAGCAUCUAACCAAUGAAGAAUCUAUUGCCUUUUUUGAUAAACAGGAUAACUUUCUAAGCAAAAUGCGAUCUGGCUUUAAGGAGACUAAGAGACACAAGUGGUCUAGAGACACUCAGGACUAUUCUCUAUCUAGAGUCUAUUUGUGGACUAAUACACCAUUUUCUUUCAGACGGAACAGGAGAACCAAGGAAAUAUUUACAAAACAAGGAAUUUCUAAUACACAGGUACUAGAUCCCUCUUCACGGGAUGAACAAAGAGAGCCUUUUUUAGUCAUUCAAGGACAAUCUCCAGACAACAAAGGCGGGGAGGACGUAAACAUCACCGAGGGAGUAAAAACAAGAAAUCAAAACCAGAAUCAGAACAGGAAUACAGCGGUUGCCAAGAGCAACCCCAACAAUUUCAACAACCGUCACAAGAAAAAGAAAGCCUGAAAAGCAAUGCCGUGAUGUAUGGAAGCACAAUAUGUACAGCCACCAACAGAGCAUUGUCUUUUUGGAUUUUGAAAACAUGUUGUUCUUUUUAAGACUUUCCGUUCUUUCUAAAAAUAUGUUUAUUACACUAAAAAAAUGUUUAUUAUGUUAAAGCAUCCACACAUACAGCUCUGCAGGACAUUUUAUCUGCAAUACUGAAAACAAAUACUAUAUAGAGGUAUCCACAUUGUUCUGGGGGUUGCAGGAUACUAUGUCACGGCCGGGAAUAUCGGGUAGCGUCAGGUGCAGCAUCAGUGGUUGUCCAGCCGGUGUUAGUCUGCUCCCUAUCGCAUACUUGCAUGACAUAUGUGUAAACAUGUGUCAAUUUGCAUGUAUAUACCCGUAACCCCAUAUUUGGCCGGAGGGUAUGAGCCAUGCCAGCUCUACCUGCUUUAUGCCCCAUGCAAACAGAACACGGGAAUGCCCAUUAGUGUUUGCUAAAAUGCAGCAAUUAUCCCUCAUACACUGCUGGAUUAAUGACUUUGGAAUAUUGAUAAUAGCGAUAUACUGACAUAGCACUGCGCAAGCGCGAGAUACUAUGGUCAGUAUGUGAUACUUUUUCCCUUUAGCAAGAUGGCGCACAUAACUUCUUUUUACGAGUACGCAUGUCAGCAUUGUAUAGAAUGCGAUUGGGUGCACGCGAUCAGCGCAGUCUGCCUCUGAUUAGCAGUUCUGCUCUGACCUGCGCAGUCACUUUUUUGCCCCGCUCAUUCAACGUGUUACAGUCCGCGAUAUGCUCUGUUGGGUAAGUGCUUAUGAUAACUUUGUACAUUGUGUAUAUAUUUAAAUAAUGUAGAUCACAAGUAUCCGCCCACAUCCACCUGCACUGGGAGGAAUCACUAAUGAGGAUUUAUCGUCACCCUCACUGGAUCACUAAUGUAUGACGCACUGUUGUAUACUAUGCCAUGCCCUAUACUCACACUUAUGUCAACAAUUGUUGUAAUUACUGAAUGUAUUUAAACUGCACUGAGGGGUCACUUAGUUGAGCUUGAGAAAGGCGACGAGGAGGUCGCAGAAACGUUGCUCUGUAUGCACUGAUGCAA